AUGCUAGUAAUGGACUCUUCGACUAUCUUGAUAUAUGUAACUCCAGCUCUGGUACUAUUUCUCGGUUGGAGAGCCUACCUCAUCGUACAUCGCCUAUACUGGCAUCCACUGGCUAGUUUCCCCGGUCCCAAGCUUCCAGCGGCCACUUUUCUGUAUGAAUUCUACUACGACGUCAUCAAAGGAGGCAUGUAUAUUUGGGAAAUUGAACGCAUGCACGAACGGUAUGGCCCGAUCGUCCGCAUCAACCCUCGAGAGCUGCACAUCAAAGACUCCCACUACUACGAUGAGAUAUAUGCCGGUGGCUCUCAGAAACGUGCAAAGGAUCCACAGUUCACCGUCGCCUUUGGCGCACCCCAUCUCUUGUUGGCACUCAAUUACUUCUCAAAACGGUCCAUCUCCUAUCUCACACCGCUGAUCCAUGAGCGACUUGAUCUUCUCACUCAACGCUUCGAAUAUGCCUUCGUCAACUCGAGAGUCCUGCAUCUGGAACUUGAUUUUGCUGCCCUGACGGCCGAUAUUAUCACACAGUAUUGCUACGGUUGGAGCUACGGAUACUUAGACGAAGUGAAAAACUCAGCCAGCAACGACCUAGUCGAUGCGGUAAACGGUGUCAUGGCCAUGUUCCACAUCAACCGCUUCUUCCCCUUCCUCAUCAACAUCUUCCUGCAUGCGCCCCCAGCCCUGGUGCGCUGGCUCCAGCCAUGCAUGCGGGACCUGUUGGACAUGAAAGCUAAACUGCGAGAACAAGCCGGAGAAACGCUCGAGAAAAGGGCUUCUGGGAAAUGCGAACCCGGUGCUGAGAAUUCCAUCUUGGAGGCUCUAAUGAGUCGGCCCUUCUCGUCAGCGGGAACAGAGACAACUGCCAGAGCUAUAGCCGUGGCGAUGUUCCAUGUCAUGGAUAACAAAGCCAUUUGUCUGAAACUUCGAGAGGAGCUGAGGAAUGUGCUACCAACAGCGUCUUCGAGAGCGGCGUGGGCGGAUCUGGAACGAUUACCCUUUCUUACCGGGGUUGUAAACGAGGGCUUACGUUUGAGUUAUGGGAUGAUAGCUCGUCUAGCUCGCAUCUCGCCUAGCGAUCCUCUGUUUUAUGGGCCUUGGGUGAUCCCCGCUGGUACUCCAGUGAGCCAGUCCAGUUACUUCGUCCAUAUGGAUCCUUUGAUAUUUCCGGACCCGAAGAGGUUUGAUCCCGAGCGAUGGAUCCGCGCGCGUAAUGAUGGGAUUCAUCUCGGCCGGUUCAUUGCAUCCUUUAAUAAGGGCAGCAGGCAGUGCCUUGGAAUCAAGUAA